UAAUAGUACUAGUUAAAACUCAAACGUUCAUUAAAAUAACAAUGCAGGGUAUUGAAUUAAAGCUACACUCGUUGUGAAUCCAGGCAACAAGUCAGAUUUUUUAAAUGCUUUUCGGCGAAAGCAUGAGAAGCUAUUAUCUGAUAGCAUGCAACACCCCAAAAAGACCCGCAGGGGACGUAAACAAAAUAAUUAGCAUAGUCGUCGCUACACAAACCGCACAAAUAAAAUAUAAAACAUUCAUUACCUUUGACCAUCUUAAGAGUCAACAUAUUGUUACUCCUUGUGGAGUAGCAGGAUAUUAUCUUAUUAACCUCAAGGUCCAAUGAAGAUUAUUUAUUUUUUCUUCUGUCAAUAACAAAUCAUUUCUGGGUAACAAUGAAGUACUUUACUGUGAUUGUUUUCAACUCUCUAUUACUGUAUAAUAACAUUAUUAUUAGUCAUUCAUCUUCAUCUCCAUCUCCAUCCUCAUCAUCUUCAUCUCCAUCUUCUUCUUUGUAAGAAUGAAAAUCCCUUUCAUUUGCUAAUUUUUCCUCACAAAAAUCACCAUAUAUCUUUGUUCCAAUGAGUGUCAAGAUGUAUCGGUAAACUAUCAAUAUUUUCUGAGAGUUGGCCAGUUGGACAGCUCUCUGUGGCAUCUCAAUGGGUUGAUGGUGACUGUGUAUGUGACUGGUUGACUCUUACAGCAAAAAACAAAUGAGAAGUAGGCAAUGGUCUGACAAACAAAAAUAAAUGGAAUUCACAUGAGCACCACAAUGCCUUCUCCACCCAUGCUCUACCAAGGUUAUCCAGCACCACAAUGCCUACUCCACCCAUGCUCUACCAAGGUUAUCCAGCACCACAAUGCCUACUCCACCCAUGCUCUACCAAGGUUAUCCAGCACCACAAUGCCUACUCCACCCAUGCUCUACCAAGGUUUUCCAGCACCACAAUGCCUACUCCACCCAUGCUCUACCAAGGUUAUCCAGCACCACAAUGCCUACUCCACCCAUGCUCUACCAAGGUUUUCCAGCACCACAAUGCCUACUCCACCCAUGCUCUACCAAGGUUUUCCAGCACCACAAUGCCUACUCCACCCAUGCUCUACCAAGGUUAUCCAGCACCACAAUGCCUACUCCACCCAUGCUCUACCAAGGUUUUCCAGCACCACAAUGCCUACUCCACCCAUGCUCUACCAAGGUUAUCCAGCACCACAAUGCCUUCUCCACCCAUGCUCUACCAAGGUUAUCCAGCACCACAAUGCCUACUCCACCCAUGCUCUACCAAGGUUUUCCAGCACCACAAUGCCUUCUCCACCCAUGCUCUACCAAGGUUAUCCAGCACCACAAUGCCUACUCCACCCAUGCUCUACCAAGGUUUUCCAGCACCACAAUGCCUACUCCACCCAUGCUCUACCAAGGUUUUCCAGCACCACAAUGCCUACUCCACCCAUGCUCUACCAAGGUUUUCCAGCACCACAAUGCCUACUCCACCCAUGCUCUACCAAGGUUUUCCAGCACCACAAUGCCUUCUCCACCCAUGCUCUACCAAGGUUAUCCAGCACCACAAUGCCUACUCCACCCAUGCUCUACCAAGGUUUUCCAGCACCACAAUGCCUACUCCACCCAUGCUCUACCAAGGUUAUCCAGCACCACAAUGCCUACUCCACCCAUGCUCUACCAAGGUUAUCCAGCACCACAAUGCCUACUCCACCCAUGCUCUACCAAGGUUUUCCAGCACCACAAUGCCUACUCCACCCAUGCUCUACCAAGGUUUUCCAGCACCACAAUGCCUACUCCACCCAUGCUCUACCAAGGUUUUCCAGCACCACAAUGCCUACUCCACCCAUGCUCUACCAAGGUUUUCCAGCACCACAAUGCCUACUCCACCCAUGCUCUACCAAGGUUAUCCAGCACCACAAUGCCUACUCCACCCAUGCUCUACCAAGGUUAUCCAGCACCACAAUGCCUUCUCCACCCAUGCUCUACCAAGGUUAUCCAGCACCACAAUGCCUACUCCACCCAUGCUCUACCAAGGUUUUCCAGCACCACAAUGCCUACUCCACCCAUGCUCUACCAAGGUUAUCCAGCACCACAAUGCCUUCUCCACCCAUGCUCUACCAAGGUUAUCCAGCACCACAAUGCCUACUCCACCCAUGCUCUACCAAGGUUUUCCAGCACCACAAUGCCUACUCCACCCAUGCUCUACCAAGGUUUUCCAGCACCACAAUGCCUACUCCACCCAUGCUCUACCAAGGUUUUCCAGCACCACAAUGCCUACUCCACCCAUGCUCUACCAAGGUUUUCCAGCACCACAAUGCCUACUCCACCCAUGCUCUACCAAGGUUAUCCAGCACCACAAUGCCUUCUCCACCCAUGCUCUACCAAGGUUUUCCAGCACCACAAUGCCUACUCCACCCAUGCUCUACCAAGGUUUUCCAGCACCACAAUGCCUACUCCACCCAUGCUCUACCAAGGUUAUCCAGCACCACAAUGCCUUCUCCACCCAUGCUCUACCAAGGUUAUCCAGCACCACAAUGCCUUCUCCACCCAUGCUCUACCAAGGUUUUCCAGCACCACAAUGCCUUCUCCACCCAUGCUCUACCAAGGUUAUCCAGCACCACAAUGCCUUCUCCACCCAUGCUCUACCAAGGUUGUCCAGCACCACACUGCCUACUCCACCCAUGCUCUACCAAGGUUAUCCAGCACCACAAUGCCUACUCCAUCCAUGCUCUACCAAGGUUGUCCAGCACCACAAUGCCUACUCCACCCAUGCUCUACCAAGGUUUUCCAGCACCACACUGCCUACUCCACCCAUGCUCUACCAAGGUUAUCCAGCACCACAAUGCCUACUCCAUCCAUGCUCUACCAAGGUUGUCCAGCACCACACUGCCUACUCCAUCCAUGCUCUACCAAAGUUAUCCAGCACCACAAUGCCUACUCCAUCCAUGCUCUACCAAGGUUAUCCAGCACCACAAUGCCUACUCCAUCCAUGCUCUACCAAGGUUAUCCAGCACCACAAUGCCUACUCCAUCCAUGCUCUACCAAGGUUGUCCAGCACCACAAUGCCUACUCCAUCCAUGCUCUACCAAGGUUGUCCAGCACCACACUGCCUACUCCACCCAUGGUCUACCAAGGUUAUCCAGCACCACAAUGCCUACUCCAUCCAUGCUCUACCAAGGUUAUCCAGCACCACAAUGCCUUCUCCACCCAUGCUCUACCAAGGUUUUCCAGCACCACAAUGCCUUCUCCACCCAUGCUCUACCAAGGUUAUCCAGCACCACAAUGCCUACUCCACCCAUGCUCUACCAAGGUUUUCCAGCACCACAAUGCCUACUCCACCCAUGCUCUACCAAGGUUUUCCAGCACCACAAUGCCUACUCCACCCAUGCUCUACCAAGGUUUUCCAGCACCACAAUGCCUACUCCACCCAUGCUCUACCAAGGUUUUCCAGCACCACAAUGCCUACUCCACCCAUGCUCUACCAAGGUUAUCCAGCACCACAAUGCCUUCUCCACCCAUGCUCUACCAAGGUUAUCCAGCACCACAAUGCCUUCUCCACCCAUGCUCUACCAAGGUUUUCCAGCACCACAAUGCCUACUCCACCCAUGCUCUACCAAGGUUUUCCAGCACCACAAUGCCUACUCCACCCAUGCUCUACCAAGGUUUUCCAGCACCACAAUGCCUACUCCACCCAUGCUCUACCAAGGUUAUCCAGCACCACAAUGCCUUCUCCACCCAUGCUCUACCAAGGUUAUCCAGCACCACAAUGCCUUCUCCACCCAUGCUCUACCAAGGUUUUCCAGCACCACAAUGCCUUCUCCACCCAUGCUCUACCAAGGUUAUCCAGCACCACAAUGCCUUCUCCACCCAUGCUCUACCAAGGUUGUCCAGCACCACACUGCCUACUCCACCCAUGCUCUACCAAGGUUAUCCAGCACCACAAUGCCUACUCCAUCCAUGCUCUACCAAGGUUGUCCAGCACCACAAUGCCUACUCCACCCAUGCUCUACCAAGGUUUUCCAGCACCACACUGCCUACUCCACCCAUGCUCUACCAAGGUUAUCCAGCACCACAAUGCCUACUCCAUCCAUGCUCUACCAAGGUUGUCCAGCACCACACUGCCUACUCCAUCCAUGCUCUACCAAAGUUAUCCAGCACCACAAUGCCUACUCCAUCCAUGCUCUACCAAGGUUAUCCAGCACCACAAUGCCUACUCCAUCCAUGCUCUACCAAGGUUAUCCAGCACCACAAUGCCUACUCCAUCCAUGCUCUACCAAGGUUGUCCAGCACCACAAUGCCUACUCCAUCCAUGCUCUACCAAGGUUGUCCAGCACCACACUGCCUACUCCACCCAUGGUCUACCAAGGUUAUCCAGCACCACAAUGCCUACUCCAUCCAUGCUCUACCAAGGUUAUCCAGCACCACAAUGCCUUCUCCACCCAUGCUCUACCAAGGUUUUCCAGCACCACAAUGCCUUCUCCACCCAUGCUCUACCAAGGUUAUCCAGCACCACAAUGCCUUCUCCACCCAUGCUCUACCAAGGUUAUCCAGCACCACAAUGCCUUCUCCACCCAAGCCCUACCAAGGUUUUCCAGCACCACAAUGCCUUCUCCACCCAUGCUCUACCAAGGUUAUCCAGCACCACAAUGCCUUCUCCACCCAUGCUCUACCAAGGUUGUCCAGCACCACACUGCCUACUCCACCCAUGCUCUACCAAGGUUAUCCAGCACCACAAUGCCUACUCCAUCCAUGCUCUACCAAGGUUUUCCAGCACCACAAUGCCUACUCCACCCAUGCUCUACCAAGGUUUUCCAGCACCACAAUGCCUACUCCACCCAUGCUCUACCAAGGUUGUCCAGCACCACACUGCCUACUCCACCCAUGCUCUACCAAGGUUAUCCAGCACCACAAUGCCUACUCCAUCCAUGCUCUACCAAGGUUUUCCAGCACCACAAUGCCUACUCCACCCAUGCUCUACCAAGGUUUUCCAGCACCACAAUGCCUACUCCAACCAUGCUCUACCAAGGUUUUCCAGCACCAUAAUGCCUACUCCACCCAUGCUCUACCAAGGUUAUCCAGCACCACAAUGCCUACUCCACCCAUGCUCUACCAAGGUUUUCCAGCACCACAAUGCCUACUCCACCCAUGCUCUACCAAGGUUUUCCAGCACCACAAUGCCUACUCCACCCAUGCUCUACCAAGGUUUUCCAGCACACUGCUGUGACCUGCAACAGUAGCAUACAAAGUAAAGUAUUGGAUUUUUCACACGACAGAGUCUUUAUCCCAUUCCACUGCCUUUUCAAGAUGUUGUAUUUGAUGAAAGCAGGUUGUGUGUGUCUGAGCAUUCUGUCACUCCAUAUGGACAGGACA